UGUGACGUACUUCGCGAUGCGCGUUUGUUCAAGUAGGGCGAUCUUUACCGGCCUUCUACUUCCUUGUGUACUUCCUCUUCUCGUGACUUGAUACGAUGGCGUCCGGAAUUCUCUACACGUACCCGGAAAAUUUCCGAGCCUAUAAGGCUCUGAUAGCGGCUCAGUUCUCCGGCACCCAGAUCAAAGUUGCCCAAGAUUUCGUUUUCGGCGAGACUAACAAGAGCGAAGCGUUUCUCAAGAAGUUUCCGUUGGGAAAGGUCCCAGCGUUUGAAACAUGUGAUGGAACAUAUAUCACGGAAAGCAAUGCAAUUGCUUAUUAUGUGGCUAAUGAACAAUUAAGAGGAAAAACUGAUAUUGAACGCUCGUUGGUUAUCCAAUGGCUGGGCUUUGCUGAUUCUGAAAUUCUUCCUGCCAGCUGCGCUUGGGUAUUUCCUUUACUUGGAAUAAUGCCAUAUCAUAAACAGACUGUAGAGCAUGCUAAGGAGGACAUAAAUAAAGCACUCACUGCUUUAAACUCUCAUUUGCUUACACGGACUUAUUUAGUGGGAGAACGAUUGACUCUGGCGGAUAUCUGUGUAGCUAUGACAUUGCUGCAUUUGUAUCAAUAUAUUCUUGAACCGGAGCUACGUAAGCCUUAUCAGAAUGUAAAUCGAUGGUUUCAAACGGUCAUCUAUCAACCUGAAUCCAUUGCUGUAAUCGGUGCCUUUAAACUGGCGGAUAAGACUAUUGAAUAUGAUCCUAAGAAAUUUGCAGAAACUCAGGGAAAGAGUUCGAAAAAAGAAAAAAAGGAGAAAGAGUCCAAGAAGGAAGCAAAGGAGCCAAAAGAACCCAAGGAGUCGAAGAAAGAAUCUAAAGUUGUAGCAGAUAAAACCCCAGCAGCAGAAGACGAAGCCGACGCAACGGAAGAGGCUUUAGCUGCCGAACCGAAAAAGACGAAUCCGUUUGCUUCGAUGCCUAAAAGCUCGUUUGACCUUGAUGAUUUUAAACGAUUUUACUCCAAUGAAGAUGAAUCUAAAUCGAUUCCUUAUUUCUGGCAGAAGUUCGACUCGGAAAAUUAUAGUAUUUGGCUCAGCGAAUACAAGUACAAUAAUGAACUAACUAAGGUUUUCAUGUCCUGCAAUUUAAUCAGUGGUAUGUAUCAGCGGUUAGAUUCGUUGAGAAAAGGUGCAUUUGCCAGUGCCUGUAUAUUCGGGAAAGAUAACGACAAUACGAUCAGUGGCAUUUGGGUCUGGCGGGGACAAGAUCUUGUUUUUACGCUGAGUCCAGAUUGGCAAGUGGAUUACGAAUCUUACAAUUGGACAAAACUUGAUCCAUCUAAAGAAGAAACAAAGGAGUUGGUCAAGCAAUAUUUUAGUUGGACCGGCACAGACAAAGAGGGACGCAAAUUCAAUCAAGGAAAAGUUUUCAAGUAAACCUUGAAUCAAAUAAGAUAAAAUAAAAAUAACCCUAUUCGAAUGAAAUAAAUCUAAAGAAAUGAUAAAAAGUUUA